AUGAUUUCAAAAAUCCAGGAAGGGAUCUCCUUCCUUCUGGCUCUGGCCGGCAUGGACGAGGCCAGUUUCAAAAUUUUGCUAUGUUCCUUAUUAUCUUUCCCAUUCAACGUCGUCUUCAAGAGAUUGCCUGACCAAAGGUAUACGUUGAAGAAUGUUUACGUGGUGUCAGUAUCUGCUUUUUAUGUUUUCGCCAUCUUGAACCUUACCACAGGCUUGGGCACUUUGCUCAUAUCCUCGGGUGGUUGCUACUUCAUCACCAGAUACAUUAGAACGAGUCAGAUGCCUUGGAUCAACUUUUUGUUCUUGAUUGUCCACUUGGCGUACAGCCAUAUCCACGCACAAUUCUUCAACGUUUAUGACCCGACAGUAAUUGACAUCACUGGAGCACAGAUGGUUUUGGUGAUGAAGCUUUCUGCCUUUGGUUGGAAUGUACAUGACGGAAAACAUAAACUGGCAUUGACCGAGUACACGAAGUCUCGAGCAAUCAACAAACAUCCCAAUAUCUUACCAUUCUUGGGUUAUGUGUUUUUCUACCCUUCGUUGUUAACCGGUCCUGCGUUCGACUUCGUGGACUACGACAAGUUUAUUCACUCUACGCUAUUCGAUGACGUGCCAGAAGACAAGCGUCCAGGAAAGCGCAAGAGAAGAAUUCCACGUAGUGGUAAGCAGGCGCUCAGCAAGGUGCUCCAGGGAUUCUUUUGGGCAUUUUUGUAUCUUCAAGCUCCCAAAUAUGUCAGUCUCGACUACGUUCUUGGAGGAAAGUUUGUUACGGAGCACAGCUUCUUGUACAGAAUCUUCUACUUGUGGAUCUUGGGUAUAAACCACAGAUUGAAGUACUAUACCAUUUGGCUUAUUGCUGAGGGUUCGUGUAUCUUGUGUGGAAUUGGUUAUAAUGGAUAUGAUGCGGCCACCGGCACCUUCAGAUGGGAUAGAGUGCAGAACAUCGACCCAUGGAGAUUCGAGACCAGUCAGAAUGUUCACACGAGUCUUGAGGCCUGGAACAUGAACACCAACAAGUGGUUAAAGCAUUAUGUUUACUUGAGAGUGGCAAAGAAGGGCAAGAAGCCAGGAUUCAAGAGCACCCUAUUCACCUUCGCCACGAGUGCCUUCUGGCAUGGCACAAGACCAGGAUACUACUUGACAUUUGUGUUGGGAGCUUUCAUGCAAACCAUUGGAAAAAUUUACAGACGUAACUUCCGUCCAAUCUUCCUACAGGCCGAUGGAAAGACUCCAAAAUCCACCAAAGUUUUCUACGACAUUGUGUGCUUCUUUGUCACUCAGCUCACGUUCGGAUUUGCAUGUCAGCCAUUUGUGAUUCUCGACCUCCAGAAGUCGCUCUACUGUUGGUGGACCGUGGACAUGUACAUUCCAAUUGGGAUUGCCGCCUCGCUUUUCUUGUUCAGAGGUCCAUUUGCCAAACAAGUUACUGGCUUCUUCAGGUCGUUGGCUCCAAAGAAACCUGUGGAGACAAAGCCUACGGAAUUAUUGCCCCACGAGGUUGCUAUGGUUGAGCUGGCUGUUGAGAAAGCCUUGCAAGAGGAAUACGAAGUGCCCACUUUGGGUCUUCCACCUAUCGAUGUUAUUGAGCAGGCUAGCAGAGAAGAGUUUGAGUCCGACAUGAAGGAAUUUGCUGAAGCAUGGCAGUCAUUCCGUACGAGGAGAGGGUCUCUUGGUAACAAUGAUUUGGACGGCUUGAAGGACGCAUACAAUAAUUUCACAGGAGAGAUCAACGAAAUCUUCCAGUCCAAGAAGCAGGAGUACCAGAAGAACAAUUCUAAACAGGAGGCCCAGGAUAUCAAACCUAAAGUGGAAUAA